AUGUCCAAGACAAUGGAGAAGGGCGAUCUUUCCACCGCAGCUUAUCGGGGUCCCAAGCUGCCUAGUGUCCCUGACGACUUAGUAGUCACCGGCGUUCUCGACUUGGAAUGUGACGAGCGGUUUUGGGUCCCCCAGGCCAAGGAUGUUUGGUUUCGUCCGUUAUGCUUCAAUGUGUCCCACGGAUACUUUGUGAACAUCCUACGCGUCAGGAAGAGCGGAAUCUUGUCACGCCACCGACACACAGGACCCGUCCAUGCUACUGUUCUACGGGGUCGAUGGCACUAUCUUGAGCACCCUUGGUGGGCCGAGGAAGGUGGAUAUGCCUUCGAGCCCCCCGGCGACAUCCACACUUUGGAAGUGCCCGAUGGGGUUCAGGAGAUGAUUACCUUGUUCCACGUGACGGGCGCGUAUAUCUACGUGGAUGUUGACGGCAAGGCAUUGGGAAUUGAGGAUGUCUUCAGCAAGCUUCAGGCAGCGCGGAAGCACUACGAGGAGGUUGGUCUGGGCGCCAGCUUUGCGGAUCAGUUUGUGCGGUAG